CUACUAACAAACGUCGGUGCAUAUCCUUGCUAUCACGUAGGCUAUAAAUUAAGGCACACCAUCUAGAACUAGAGACCAUAUAUUCAAGACGAAAAAUGAAGCUUUUAACAUACAAAGACACAUUUGCUGCUCUUCUAGCGGCCUUAGCCGGCUUCCUAGUAGUCCAUUGGCAACGCGCCCGCAUGAGGCCUGCAUCGGCGCCGCCCCUCGGCACGAACUGGCCGGUGAUCGGGAUGCUGCCGACGCUCAUCUGCCAAAUGGUGAACUUCCACGACUACCUGGCCGAGCGACUAAUCAAACACGGCGGCACGGUGGAGAUGCAAGGGCCGUGGUUCUCCGACAUGGACAGCAUCAUCACCAGCGACCCGGCCAACAUCCGACACAUAAUGAGCGGCAACUUCAGGAACUAUCCCAAGGGUCCCAUCAUGAAGGAGAUCUUCGAGCCGCUCGGCCCCAAUGGGAUCUUCGCCGUGGACGGCGAGUCGUGGGUUUUCCAGAGGAAGACGCUCCAGCUACUCAUGUAAAAACAAAAGGUACAGGUUAUUAAUGGAGAAGGCAGCCCAUGACAAGUUGGAGAAUGGGAUCUUUCCCGUUCUCGAUCACCUGGCUGAUAAUGAGUCCAAAAUUGUAGAUCUACAAGAUGUGUUUCAGAGGUUCACAUUCGAUGUUAUUUGCAUGACGGUGUUGGGAUAUAAUCCGAGUUCUCUAAACAUCGACCUACAAGAUGUCCCACUAGCAAAAGCUUUCGACGAUAUAGAUAAAGGCAUGUUCGAACGACACGUCGUCCCCGAGACGAUGUGGAAGCUCCAGAGGUUGCUUGGCCUCGGAGCGGAGAAGCGGUUGGCGGUAGCCACCGAAAGAUUCGACAAGUUUCUCUAUGAUUUCAUCUCCUCCAGACGGGAAAAAAUCGUUAGACAACAGACAAGGAUGGACAAAGAAGAAUCAGUCGACCUACUCACGGCUCACAUCGAGGGAGAGACGAGAAAGGAGGACGUCGUCGAAUAUUCCACAUUCAAGGACGACAAGUUGUUGCGUGACAUGGUCAUUAAUCUGUUGGCGGCGGGUAGAAGCACAAUAGCUGUUGCCCUGGUUUGGUUCUUCUGGAGCAUGGCCAACAAUCCACGUGUCGAGAGCAAGGUCCUAGCCGAGCUCGCCGCCAAUCCACCGGCGGCACAUCAUUCCGACCACUCGUCAUGUCGACGUCGACAGAGCCGCCUUUACCGUGAGGAAGAAGUAAACCGCUUGGUUUAUUUGCAUGCAACGGUUGCGGAGACCUUGAGGCUGUACACGCCCACGCCAAUGAACCACAAGUGGGCAAGGGAGACAGACGUGUUGCCCAGUGGCCAUCGUGUGAGAGCAAAGACGAGGAUUUUCGUCUCGAUGUAUGCCAUGGGUAGAAUGAAAGGUAUAUGGGGUGAAGAUUGCAGAGAAUUUAAGCCGGAGAGGUGGAUAACUGAAAGAGGAGGGAUUCGGUACGUGCCGUCACAUCAAUUCACCACAUUUAGCGGAGGGCCAAGGAGUUGUCUGGGCAAGGAAGUGAGCUUGAUUCAGUUGAAGAUGGUGGUGGCUGCCAUCCUGUGGAGGUAUAAGUUCCAAGUGGUGGAAGGUCAUCGUGUUUCUUAUACCAUGUCGACAGUGCUCCAAAUGGAAAACGAACUCCGAGUUAGCGUCUCUCGGCGAUCGACUUGACUAUAUGUUUUGGGCCGGGGGUUCAGGAAACCCUAGCUAGCUUGCGCCAACUUCUUGGUUGGUUAUCACUAAGUGUACUAUUAUAUUGCAGUAAAAGAGUUGUUUGGUUUGGUUAUUACUACCUCUCGUGUUAAUUUCACCGGUAUUCCUUUGUCUUUGAAUGUACCCUUCUACUCGUAUUUUAGAUAAGUACUUUAAAAAAAAAAAACAGUUGAGUGUUUGUCUGUAAAAUUAUUAAAAGUGCUUUUUAAUAUGAGAGAUUAUGUAAAAUGACACUUAUAAUAUAAAAUAUGAAUAAAAAUUAUAAACAAUAAAAAGUAGUUAAAAUGGAUCUUGUUAGAUUUCUUUUGUAUUAAAUAAUAUAAUUUUAUAAUUUAUUUUAUUUUUAAAAUGAUAUAAAUGAAGGGAAAAUAUAUUUUCUGAAAUAAAAUUAAAAUAUGGUAAGG